AUGAUGCGCAUUGGUCAAACAAAAACCCAGCUAAAGGGUCUUUCUUACUCUUUUCGUGGCUUUGCCACGGGUAAUAAACUACCUCAAACGAUCACCGAAAAGAUCGUUCAAAGGUUUGCGCAGAAUCUUCCUGAGGGAAAAUUCGUUCGUUCCGGUGAUUAUGUGACAAUUAAGCCGAAACACUGUAUGUCUCAUGACAACUCAUGGCCUGUCGCAUUAAAGUUUAUGGGCAUUGGCGCCGAAAAAGUAUUCGACAAUCGUCAAGUAGUUUGUACUUUGGAUCACGACGUACAAAAUAUAAGCGAAACCAACUUGCGUAAAUACAGAAACAUUGAGUCCUUUGCUAAAGGACAAGGAAUUGAUUUCUAUCCUGCUGGCCGAGGUAUCGGGCAUCAGAUCAUGGUUGAACAGGGAUAUGCAAUGCCAGGUAGCCUAGCAGUCGCUAGUGAUUCACAUUCUAAUACCUACGGCGGUGUUGGUUGCUUAGGUACCCCUAUUGUCCGUACGGAUGCAGCUGCUAUUUGGGCUACGGGUCAAACUUGGUGGCAGAUUCCGCCCAUCGCUCGUGUUAAUCUUGUUGGUCAGUUACCAAAAGGUUUGUCAGGAAAAGAUAUUAUUGUAUCUCUUUGUGGUGCUUUCAAUCAUGACGAGGUUUUGAACCAUGCCAUCGAGUUUUAUGGUGAGGGUCUAAAGAGUUUGGAUAUUGACUCUCGCCUUACCAUUGCCAACAUGACUACGGAAUGGGGAGCUCUUUCUGGUUUGUUUCCUACUGACGACAAGGUUUUUGAAUGGUAUGAAAAACGUCUUGCAUUUUUAGGCCCCAAUCAUCCAAGAGUCAACCGCAAAGCUCUUGAUGACAUGAAAGCCAACCCUAUCAUCCCUGAUGAGAACUCUCAUUAUUCCAAAUUCCUCACUCUGGAUCUUAAUACUCUUUCUCCCGUUGUUUCAGGACCCAAUUCUGUAAAAAUUUACAACUCAGCUGCCAAACUUGAAAGGGAUGAUAUCCCAAUCAAGAAGGCUUAUUUGGUUUCCUGCACAAAUGGCCGACUUUCUGAUAUCCAUGAUGCUGCUGAAGUAGUUCGCGGCAAGAAGAUUGCCGAUGGCGUCGAAUUUUAUGUAGGUGCUGCAUCAAGUGAAGUGGAAGAGGCAGCCAGAAAUAAUGGUGAUUGGCAAACCCUUAUAGAUAGUGGCGCUCGUGCUCUUCCUGCUGGUUGCGGUCCUUGUAUCGGUUUAGGUACCGGACUAUUAAAGGAGGGUGAAGUUGGCAUCAGUGCCACAAACCGUAAUUUUAAGGGUCGCAUGGGAAGCCGUGAAGCCUUGGCUUACUUAGCUUCUCCCGCUGUUGUCGCUGCCUCAGCUAUUUCCGGAAAAAUUGUUGCUCCUGAAGGUUUCAAAGACUCUGUUGAUCAAGUUUCUGCUAUUGAUGUCACAGAGAAAAUGAAUGCUGGCAAGAAGUCGGUGAAUGAGACCAGUGUAUCUGAUUCUGAGACUGCCAUUAUUGAUGGCUUUCCCGCAUCCGUAUCCGGUGAAAUCGUAUUUUGUGAUGCUGACAAUUUAAAUACUGAUGGUAUAUACCCUGGUCGUUAUACUUAUAGAGACGAUAUAAGUAAAGAAGAAAUGGCUAAGGUUUGCAUGGAAAAUUACGAUGUUAAUUUUGGAAACAAAACAAAGCCUAAUGAUAUUUUAGUAAGCGGGUUUAAUUUUGGUUGCGGUUCUAGCCGUGAACAAGCUGCUACUGCUAUUUUAUCUCGAGGAAUUCCUCUCGUCGUCGGCGGAUCUUUUAGUGACAUUUUUAAACGUAACUCCAUCAAUAAUGCCUUAUUGGCUGUUGAAUUACCGGAUCUUAUUCAGAAGCUUCGUUCUACUUUUGCAAACAAUCCUAAGGAACUUACUCGCCGUACCGGUUGGCAUCUUAAUUGGGAUGUUCGUAAAAGUUUUGUUGAAAUCUCUACUUCUGAUGGCGAGAAAUUGUCCUGGCGAAUUGGAGAGCUCGGAAACUCUGUACAAAGUCUUUUUGUUCGUGGAGGCCUUGAAGGUUGGGUCAAACAUGAAAUUUCUGAGUCUUCAUAA